CAUAACCUGAAAAAUUCAUUUCGGAAAUCUAUCGCGUUCAUUUUGUUCACUCGUGUCUUUUGGUGAGUUUCUUUUAACAUUUUUUCGUGGGUUUAACACGUCCACGUUUUAUUUAUUUAUACAAUUGUUUCAGUUAUUGCCAUCCAUCAAUACAUAAAUCAUGUCUUCGAAAGUAUCCAAGGAUACGUUGUACGAAGCGGUCAAUGAAGUGUUGACUCAGGCAAAGACUAACAAGAAAAACUUUUUGCAAACUGUUGAAUUGCAAAUCGGUCUCAAGAACUAUGAUCCACAAAAGGACAAACGUUUCUCAGGUACUAUCAAACUGAAGCACAUUCCCAGGCCUAAGAUGAAGGUGUGCAUUCUUGGUGAUCAACAGCAUUGCGAUGAAGCUGAGGUUAAAACUUUUUGCUUAACUAACUUGAGAUAUUGUUAAAUUGUGUUUAAUUUUAAGUAUUUUCAAUAACAUGUUUGUAUAUUUCAGGUAAACAAAGUCCCGUUUAUGGAUGUCGAAGCAUUGAAAAAACUUAACAAGAACAAGAAAUUGGUUAAGAAAUUAGCUAAAAGAUACGAUGCAUUUUUGGCUAGUGAAGCUUUAAUUAAACAGAUUCCACGAUUGUUAGGACCUGGUUUAAAUAAAGCCGGCAAGUUUCCUGGUCUUCUAUCUCAUCAAGAGUCAAUGAACAUGAAAAUUGAUGAAGUGAAAGCAACUAUUAAGUUUCAAAUGAAGAAGGUUGGCAACCUUCUUUUUGAUAAAAAUAAAAAAUAUAAUGUACUGAAAUAAUGUUUGAUGUAUUUUUAGGUAUUAUGUUUAUGUGUUGCUGUUGGUCAUGUUGACAUGAAAUCCGAUGAGUUAGCCCAGAAUAUUCAUCUUUCAAUUAACUUCUUAGUUUCUUUGUUGAAGAAACAUUGGCAAAACGUUAGGUCAUUGCACAUCAAGUCAACCAUGGGACCAGCACAACGUUUGUACUAAUGUGUUAUUCAAUUUUUAAUAUUUUAAAUAAAGACCACAUUAUUAACAAAGUUAUUGAAUUUUAGUGUUCAAAUUAGUUACCC